UGAUAAUAAUGUGUAUGGUCAUGGUCAUAGUAAUAAUGAUAAGGAUGAUGAUGAUUUUAUGAACUUAGAGCGUAAAGAAAUAGAAGAAACCAUCGCAGAGGGACUUAAGUACCUCUCACGAGACAUGAAUAUAGAAAUAGAGCCAUUAUCUCUUGAUUUAAUCAAUGAUGAAACGCAGUGUGACUUAGUCUUAAAUGAGCCUAUUACUAUACACCUUACUAAAAAUAACUGGAGUGGAAAUUUCCAACUAAAUGCAGAGAUUGUAACAGAGCUGGGCACAAAUGGUUUGGAGAAUAAUUGUGCUGAUACAUCCUGGAGUAUCUCAAAUGAUAAUGGUUUAAAUAAGUACAGUUCAAUUAAAAAGGCGUAUAGAGAACUAAAGAAUAAGUAUAUAAAUGGGAAUAAUUAUACUGACUGUAUUGUAUGCCAAUAUUUAAUUAUUGAGAGAAACCGGGUAUUGCAUGCAGUUAAACCAAGCUCAUCCUGUAGAAGGAAUAAAAAACUCAGAAAGAAUAAAAUAUGGGAUAACCCGAAUAAUUUAAUGCUCUGGGGGAAUCUAGACAAUAUAAAGCACAAGUCUGAAAUUAUUAAAGAGUUCUUAUACAAUAAUAGUACACGUUUAGACCUUAAUAAUCCCAUGGUAAGAUUUACAUCUAAUCUUAUAGGUAAUACUCCCUUGAACUUUAAGCAUAUAAGAAAUCGUAUUAUACAGAUAUUUAAGCCUAACAGUAAUAAGCCUAACAGUAAUAAGUCUAACAGUAAUAAGUCUAAGGAUAAUAAUAAUUAUAAAUAUUAUUAUCCUCAAUUUGAGUAUAAUAAUUAAUAGUACUAGAC